UCAUCACUUAGUCAGUUAGUCUCGGUCGCUGUGCGCGCACUGCCAAACGAAAUCACAGUAUUUUUCAAACGUCGCUGUCGCUGUCGCAGUCGUAGUCGCAGUUGUUGUCGCCGCUGCCGUUGCCGUCAACGCUGACGCCGGCGUUCGUUGAAGCUCUGCGUUUUGUUUCUUCUUCUUCUUUUGCGCUAUCGUCGCGCUGCCAGCGUCACGUAUCCGUUCGGUACUCAGUCUUGCGAAGACAACCGGCAGAUAGAGACGACACCAAAUCGAACAUAAACACAUUUGAGUGAAGAACGGCAAACACCGUUCGAGUACAAAGGAAAUAUCUGUAAUAUAGCGCAUACGCAACGUGGGCCGCGCAUUCAACUCGCACUUGGUAGUCAUGUCGCGUCGCGUCCGGCCCACCAAAUGUAUCUGAAUCGGAAUCGGAAUCGGAAUCGCAAUCGGAAUCUGAAUCUGAAAAUUGUUUACAAUCGUAAUUUGUGUUAGCUACAAGUGAAACGCGUAUCAUGUUAUUCGAACGUUAUAUUAUGUCAGGCUCUAACGGCGACGACUACGAUCCGAGUGUCGCGCGCCACCAUCAUCAUCAUCAUCAUUUGGAUCUCAGCAGUGGAGCGCCGCCCUUUGGCCCGCUGCCGCCGGCGCACUUAACGUCCAGCCAGGCGCGGCCGGAGGAGACGUUCGGCCGCCACCUGCCGCCAACGAUAUCCCCGCCUCCUGCGGCGCUGCUUCAGCAGCCGUCGCAGUUGCAGUCGCAGUCACUGCAGCAGCAGCCAUCGCUGCCGCCGCCGCCGCAUUUGUCAUUGCAUCUGCAGCAACAGCGACUGCAACGUUCGCCGCCCGCUUCUGUCUCUGCCUCGAUCUCUGGCUCCGGCUCUGGCUCUGGUUCGGGCUCUGGUUCCGGCUCUGGUUCCGGCAGCGGCACCAACAUGGAGCACCUGUUCAGCGACAAGACGCAAGAGCUUCUAAUGCAGAUGGCGCGCCUGCGCGACCCCUUUUGUGAUCUGGACAUUCGUGAUAAUGGCGUCUACGCCAAGACCGAUUUGCCACGCGACUCCCGCUACGGACCCUUUCCCAUGCACUUGUGCCAGCAGCCCAGCGAUCGCCAUCUGGCCUGGGAGGUAAUUGCCGGACCGCUAUUCCAUGGCUGGCUGGAGCCCUCGGCGGAUGUGGCCACAUGGCUAAAAAAGAUACGCAACGCUCAGAUCGAUGAGGCUGAAGAGGCUAAUUUAAGGAAUUUCGUUGUCGAUCGCUGUCUGUGGUACGAAACGAAACGGGAUAUUAGUGCAGGCGCUGAAAUCGUGGUCGAUCCCCGCUCCCGCACGCCCUACGACAUCAGCAGCGGCAGCAGCAGCGCGGCAGCAGUGGCAGCAACUGCAGCAGCCGCAGCCGCUGCCGCAGCAGCCGCCAUGGCAGCCGCUAGCAACAACAACAACAACAAUAACAACAACAAUAGCGAUGAUCGCAGCGAUCGUGAUAAUGGCUUUUACAGCGGCGACGAAUUUGCUAAGGAUAAGAAGAACAUAUCGAUAAACAGUCAAGUCGAUAACGAUUUCACAGACGACGAGAACGGUUUCGAUAUACGCUGUGAGGUCUGUGAUAAUGUCUAUACGGAUUUAGAACGCCUGGACGAUCAUCUGGUGGGCGCGCAUCACUUUAAACGUGGGGAAUUCGCCUGUGAGUUGUGCUCCCAACAUUUCUGCCAUCGUCCGUUGCUGAUCAAACACGGAGCGAUCGCCCAUAAUAACAUAAGGAAAUAUUCCUGCGAGAAUUGUUCCAAGGUAUUCUGUGACCCAUCGAAUUUACAGCGUCAUAUUCGCGCCUAUCACGUCGGCGCUCGCAGUCAUCCGUGUCCGGAGUGCGGUAAAACAUUCGCCACAUCGUCCGGUCUGAAGCAGCACCAGCACAUCCACUCCUCGGUGAAGCCGUUCGCCUGCGAGGUCUGCUUCAAGGCCUACACGCAGUUCUCCAACCUCUGCCGGCACAAGCGCAUGCACGCCGACUGCCGCAUGCAGAUCAAGUGCCAGAAGUGCAAGACGAGCUUCAGCACGGUCACCUCGCUCUCCAAGCACAAGAAGUUCUGCGACAGCUCUGACAGUUUUCGCAGCGGACCACAGAGUCGUCUAGAGCAUCAUCAGCACCAGCACCGGCAGCAGCAGCAGCAGCACCACCAGCACCACCAACACCACCAGCAGCCGCAGCAGACGCAGGCGGGGCAACUCAUUUUGCCGCCUGGUGCGCAUCAGCGACUCGCUGCAGCCGCCGCCGCUGCCGCAGCCAGCAGCAACAGCAGCGACACAGCCGCCAUGGCCACGCCUCCGAAUCACAUGUUCACGAUGCAUCCCACGCACUCGUUCUUUCCGGGCUUUCCGCCGUACGCGCUGCCCAACUUCUUUACGAACUGCCGGCCGCAGCCGCUGCUGCCGCACAUGUUUCCCGGUCCGCAUCUGAGCGAGAUGGGGCGCGGUCUGGUGGCGCCGCUGGUCUCACCGAACGCUGCCUUCCAACAGCAGCUGCAGGCGGCGAUGAGUCUCAAGUCGGAGUCGCCGCGCCUUAAACGGGAGUCCAGUACGCCGGAGCGCAAGCAUCCCAUCAAGACCGAGCAGCAGCACAGCGACGAUGAGGAGGAGGAGCAGGAGGAGUCCAAUGCCUAUGAACAGCUGGACUCGAGCAAGGAGCCAAACAAGCCAAUUGCGGAGUCCAAGCCGGAAGCUAGCGGCCCGCAGCCAGCACAUCACGAGGAUCAGGAGCAGGCCAACGAUAAUGAUAAUGAGAUUGACAAUGAUAAUGAGAAUGAUAAUGAUAUUGACAACGAUAGAAAAUCUAUUGACAUAAUGAGCACACCACCGCCCGCUGAAAGGGAGGCGCAGCCGGAGCAGGAUAAGAGCGGCGUGGAUCUGCUGCCAUUGGAUCUAUCCGUCAGUCGCAAGCGCCGCAGCUCACUGUGCACGGCCAGCACGCCCGUGCCGCUGGCCAUGUCGCUGUCCAGUCGCACGUCCACUCCCGCGCUGGAAAUCGCGGAGGGCGUGGCCGGCCAACCACCCGUUAAGGUGAUGAAGCACAGCUCGGGAGAAUCGUCCACCUCGCAUCAGUCCUUCAAGGGUAGCAGUCCCACGCCCAGCGUCAGCGCCUCGCCCGGACCCACGCCCUCGCCCUCGCCGCCCAUCAGCACGGGCGGCGAGCUGAGCAGCAUGUCCGAGAGUGCGGCGUCCGCUGCCGCCGUGGGCGCUGCCUCGGCGGCGGCUGCGGCGGCCUCGGUGAUGGCCUGCCCGCGGCAGCUGCAUCCCCAGCUGCUGCUCGAGGAGCUCUAUCGCUCGCGCUUCAAUACGCCACCGUUUCAUUUUUUAGGCCAAAUGGGCGGACGGCCAGGUUUUGAGCCACUCAAAUCGCCGGCUGCUGGCAUCAGCAGCGGGAGCAGCUCGCGUCAUCUGCCGUUUCCGCCCGAGCACAAUUUCCACGAGGCUCUGCGAGCCGCCGGCCUGGCCGCCGCCGCUGCCAAUGCCUGCAGCAGCGGCGCCAGCGUCGUCGCCGCCAACGGCGGCAAGCUCAAGGACCGCUACACCUGCAAGUUCUGCGGCAAGGUAUUUCCGCGCUCCGCCAAUCUCACCCGGCACCUGCGCACCCACACCGGCGAGCAGCCGUACACCUGCAAGUACUGCGAUCGCGCCUUCAGCAUCUCCUCGAAUCUGCAGCGGCACGUGCGCAACAUCCACAACAAGGAGCGUCCGUUCCGGUGUGAAAUGUGCGAUCGCUGCUUUGGCCAGCAAACGAAUCUCGAUCGGCAUCUGAAGAAGCAUGAGGCGGAUGCGGCCGGCUUCGAGUACAACGACUCGCCCAGCUCGAAUGAGGCUGGCGACCGGGAGGAGGCCUGCUUCGAUGAUAUACGCUCCUUCAUGAAGCGCGUCUAUACGCCCACGAGUCUGGGCGGGGCGGACGGGGACACCGAGGAGUAUGCGGGCAGCGAUGAUCAGUUGUCCGUGUCGACGCGUCACUCCGUUAGCUUUGACAAGGACCUGCUGGCCAAUGGCAACAACAACAACACCAACAACAACAAUAACAACAACAACAAUAGCAGCAGCAACAGCAGCAACAACAACAACAACAACAGCAGCAAUCAGGCAGGCCUGGGCGAAACGAUCGUCGUGAGCACUUAAGAGCCUAAUGAAAAACUGUGGAAACUCUGAACAAAACUGUAAAACUCUUCAAUUACUUUAAAGAAAACUUUACUUAAGCGUGCCUCCGAGAGGGAAAACUAAUCUUUAAGUAGUUCACAUUUUUCCUUCUAGACAUUUAACCAAACACAUCAAAUGACUUACAAACUAUAUAAAAAAAUUUAAUUAAAAAAAUAAAAACUAAUUGUAGCUAUGCAAUCAAUGGAAAAAGACGGUGAAGUAAGCAAAAAAAAAAAAAAAAAAAGUUAAGAAGAAAAUCUGGUUUGAAAUUCUAAUACACUAAACUAUAUCUUAAACAAAUGUUUCAAUAGCUCUUAUAAACAAAAUACAAAAUUGUAAACUUUUUAAAAUUUAAACUUUAUAUAGAUGAAAGAAACAUACUUAAAUGUAAACUAACUCCAUAUAUAUAUAUACACAUAUAUAAAUAUAUAUAUAAAUCAUAUAUACCAUAUUGUUAAAUUUAAGUUUUAGUUAUGUGCUGUAAAUAUAUUUAAGUGAGGAAUGUCGCACAGCAAAGGAUAUUUUGAUUGAAUGUGCUAUAUAGAGCACAUCAAAAAGUAUAUAUAAAGUAUAUACCGA